AAAAGAGGGAAACAACACCUCUAUAAGUACGUAUUUUAGCUUACAAAUUUUAUUGAUAUUGUUAAAUAAAAUAAGUUAUGUUAUUAAAUAAAUUUUUAAAUACGUCUAUUAAGAAAUCUCUACUGUUUAAUUUAUCAGUGAGAAACGGUUUAAGAUAUUUGGCCGGUGUUUCCAUUGAUAAGUUCGAUCAUUUAGAUUUUUGUGAUGAAAAAUUGCAAAAAUAUUUAGAGUUUUUACGCAAGGAAUUCUAUAAUUUACGUGCUAAUGCCUCAAGCAAUCGGGACUACCGGCGAAUUGCUCAACUAUCGGAUGUUGUAAAAGCAUUAGAGCAACAUCGCGUUGUCAAAGGAAAUAUGAUAUCAAAAGAAGAAGUAGCAGCUGAAAAGGAUGAAGAUAUGAAGGAGUUGAUGGAAGAAGAAAAUAAGGUGUACGGGGAAUUACUAAAAAAGACCGAAGCGGAAUUAUUAAACCAAUUGUAUUUAAUGGCGGACGGUGAGAACUACGAAUCUGUAAUAUUUGAAAUUACAGCUGGUGCUGGAGGUCAAGAGGCUAUGCUGUUUGCUAAAGAGUUACUUAACAUGUAUACUAAUUAUUUUGAUAAACACGGUUGGGAUUAUGAAAUUUUAAUAGAAGAUUCAUCAGAUAUUGGUGGCCUGAGGCAUGCUAAUGUGACGAUAAACGAUGCAGAGGCCUUCAGAAGUUUACGUUACGAGGCAGGCGUUCAUCGUGUGCAAAGAAUACCGAGCACUGAGAAAUACGGGCGCGUGCAUACUAGUACCGCUUCGGUAGCAGUUAUACCUAGGCCGGCCGAUAUUGCGAUACGUUUAUUAGAACACGAAUUAAAAAUUGAAACUAAGCGUUCUAGUGGUGCUGGUGGUCAGCAUGUGAAUACCACCGACUCUGCCGUGAGGAUAGUUCAUUUACCUUCUGGUGUAGCUGUCGAAAGUCAAAGUGAGCGUUCACAAAUUAAAAAUAAGGAGAUCGCCUUAAAAAGGCUUCAGUCCAAGUUAAUACAAAUAGAAAUGGAAUCUGCAGAAGCUUCUGUAAAAGGUACUCGCAAAGCUCAAUUGGGCAAUUUAGAACGCAAUGAAAAAAUACGUACAUACAAUUUCCCGCAAGAUCGCAUAACGGAUCAUCGCAUAAGAGAUGGUACCUUAUACAACCUUAAAGAGUUCUUACAAGGAGGAGAAAAUCUCCACAAUCUCAUUAGAAAACUGGCCAUAGAAAAUCGCAGAAAAAAAUUUCAAGAAAUGAUUGAUAAUUUUCAAGAUUCCACUACAGAGCUAGUAAAUAAAGAAAAAAGUUAAUUCUUAG